AUGAAAGGCUUACACGGUCACAUCAGUCGAGGAAAUCGAAGACACGUGGACCACGUAGAUGCCAAAUGGGAUACCUCUGACAUGGAUGUCGACGACGCUCCUGCCGCAUCAUCCAGGCGCGCACUUUCAAACAAAGAACAAACGAAGGAUUCUGGAAAAUCUUUGAUCUUGCCUAGCUUGACUUCUUUGUUACCGUAUGUUAAGACAAUUCUUGUAGAAAUAAUCAAGCAAAUAGGCGGCACUAAGUUUGAAAAACUUGGUCAGGAUGCACUUGCUUUGGUCGAGGAUCUUGUUGUACUUAUAUCCAGUUAG